ACUAAAAAGUUUUUUUUUUUUUAUAGCCUUCAUUUCUUAUAUUUAUUAAAUUUAUUUUUUACAAGUAUAGUGGUUUUAACUUUUAUUAAUUAAUAAUAAUAUUUUUAUUAUAUUAAAUUUAACAAAAACGAUUUAAAACAUUAACUAUUCGUAAUUGAUCAAUUUAAACAAGUGAAUGCAAUUCAAAUAUGGCUAUGUGGACGACGUUUACGAAUACAGGUUAAACAUAUAUCAGUGUAGUUUGAAUCGACACAAGUUUAAGUAUUGUGAAAAAUACAAAUUAUAAUUUUGCUUUCGUAUUUAUCUACCCAUACCCGUAUAAUUUAUAAAAACUGUUAUUUUUUUCAAUUCUAUACAUUGUAUAAUACAAAUUUAAUCUUUAAAUCCAAACUUCCAUUAUCAAAAUAUUUUCUUUACAUACUUAAUCAAAAUUAUUAAAUUGUUAAUUCUAAGUAUAUUUGUUAUAAUAAUAAUUUUUCAAAUUGAGUAAGUAGUAUACACAAUACAAAAUUCCAGAGAAACUUAACAGCUUACCUAACUAUUAAGAUUUCACUUUUUUGUAGCUUUUGCUCGGUUUUUGAUACAUAACUAUUGCAAAUGAAUAUAUUGAAAAUUGUUUAGAUAGGUACUAUGUAUCUAAAGUAUUCAAGGUACUUUAAUAAUGAGCUUUAUUACGUAUUUCUUACUCUUUCCAUUUAUUAGUUAAUGUGCAUUCUAUUAUAUACUUUGGGAUAAUGUAGUAAAAUGGUUACUGUUAAAAAAAAAUGUCAUCUUUAGUUCAGUCAUAUCAAGAGUUGAUGAUAUCCAGAUGAAUUAUAGUCUUAUAUAUUGUAGCAAUGUUCUUAGGAGUUUGCUCAAAGAAAAUUAUUGACACUAUACAGGGUUCCCAAUAUGAUCAUUGUGAUAUCUUCAAAACUACUAACUUAUGCAUCAAUCAAUCUGUAAUAUUAAGUAAAUUAAUACAAAUAUUUAAAAAUAGGUUUGUUAUUUAUAACUUAAAUUAUAUUCAGUAUUAAAACAAUUUGCUUACUCUUAAUAUUUAUUACAUUUUACUUAAUUUCCUAUAAUAUAGAUAAUUUGUAAUUAGUUUAUUUUUAGUAUUUAAACAUUUUGUAUUUUAAGAACUUGUACUCAUGUUUAAUGUUACUUAUUUUUGAAAAUGGAAAAAAAACUAUUCAACUAAAUACAUGAGUCAUAUUAUCCAAUCCCCACCAAAUAUAUAUGUAUUACAUAUUUUACAACUAAUUGUUGAUUGAAAGGAUUAUGCAGUUUUUAACACUUUUAUUUCAAGUAUAUAGUUUAAGGCUAAGUUAACGCGUAACUAUACUAUUGCAUUAUUAAUUUUUAAUUGAUUUGGUACUAGGAACUACUGACCCAAGUCGAGAAUCAGGGUUAGGAAGUGAUUCUGACAAUAUGGCUGAAUUGGCACAGCUAUUACAAGCAGAUAUACCUGAUGGUCGCAAUAGUUUGUCUGAUAGCCAUGUAAAUUUAGAACGUGUGGCAGAAUAUUGCGAGGGAAACUAUUUUCAAGCUGAGAAUAAAAGAUUGGCUUUAGAAGAAACUAAAAACUAUACUACUCAAUCCUUGGCGAGUGUUGCUUAUCAAAUAAACACUCUGGCCUAUAAUUUUUUGCAAUUAUUGGAUUUGCAAACAGUUCAAUUAUCUGAAAUGGAAAGUCAAAUCAACCACAUUGCUCAAGUAAAUCUAUUUUAUAUGUUAUACAUAGUUAAUAAGCAUGUAGUUCAAUCCAUAUUAUCUAUUAUUACCUCAUUUGUCAAAUUUUAUUAUAAAUCUCUUGUAAUAAGUUAUAACACUGUGCCUAUACACCCAACCAUGGUACCUAUCAUAAUAUUAUUAUGGUUGGUAAGAUUAGAAACACCUGACUACAGAUAAAAAUAUACCUUAGUAUAUCUUAGUCCAUGCAUCUAACUAUGGUCGGUAUUAUAAUAUGUGCCUGACUAUAGUGGGUAAAACCAAUAUAAUUAGAAUCAUGAUAUAAAUAUACAAGUUGAGCAUUUUUGAUAUAAGAAAAAAAAAAUUGCAUAAAGGUGCAGUUUCUUAUCAAUUUUCUAAUUUAUAUUUUUCAAUUUAAUUUCAACAAUUAAUUAUUAAAAUUAAGUACCUAUAUAUCAAUAAUAAUUUUGUUAGUUCUAUACAUGAUAUUCAUUUGAUAGGUACUCUGUGAAUAAAAUUGUUAGACCGACCACCAAACAGACCUUUUAUAACCGAACUUCGCUUGGAAUAGUUUUUCGUUAACAAUGAUUAAUUCUUGCAUACAUUAAAACAUAAAAUUCAACCCUACAUCCUAUCUUCCCAACUUCUCAUCUACAACAGUGGCCCACUCAUCGUGCGAAUAGUAUAUCAGUCUUUUUUUCUGGUGGGGUGUUCUUUAUUUUACCAACCAUAGUGGGGCAUAUGUUAUGAUACUGACCAUGGUCAUAUAUACAGACACAGCGAAGUUUAAUUUAGCACAAUACAAAUAUUGAUAUCUCCGUUUUUUGUCCAGAACACUUUGUUAAUUUAUCAUGGUAACCAAAUAAUAUAUAAUAUUAUAAUUAAUUUAAUAAAAAGGAUGGACAUACUUCGCACGUGGGUGCAGCCACUGUUGUAGGUGGGAAGUGGGUAAGGCAGGAUACAGAUGGGAAUUUAAUAUAUAUAUCUGUAAGCAAUGAUAAAUCAUUGCUAACGAAAAAUCGAUUCUGAGCUAAGUUCAGUUGAUAGUGUUGCUUUGCCAACAAUAUAUAUGUCAUAUAAUGGUAAAAUGAUUACAACAAUGAUUGUUUAAAAAAGAUUAUUAAAUAAUAAAAACUUAAUAAUAACAAAAAUAAAUAAAAACUGUUGUCAAUGAUAACCUUAUUUUUAAUCUUUCAAUCAAAAAGACCUAAUUAUCUCUAAUAUUAAUGAGAAUUUCAAAAAAGGUUCUAUACUUGAUAAUUGGAGUAUGUUUUCUCGUAGAAAGUGUUCGCAUAAAAAAAAAAAAAAAAAAACCAUCACUAUAAAACCAAUACAUUUCUAUUUCCACUCAAUUUAAAUUUGAUUGGUGAGUGUAGAUAAUAUAGAACCAAAUAAUGGUACAAACAAGCCAAUGUCGGUCUUGGUUUAUAUAAAACUUAUCAAUUUAAGAGUAGAUUCUUAUGUCGUAUUGAGUGGUCACAAAAAAAAAAAAAUGACUGUAAUGUUGUAUUUUUUUUAAUAAAAGUUUUAAUUUAAUACCAAAUUUUGACAAAAAUUGUAAAUAUUACAGCCUUUUAAAUCACGUUAAACCAAACUUCGCUCCAAAUUGUUUUUUCGUUAGUAAUGGUUUAUUUUUGAUUACAAUUAUAAAUAAUUUUAUAUAUACCACCUAACCAACUUCCUACCUAUAACAGUGGCUUUCAGCCGUCCCCAGUAUCAGCUCAUUUUUUUUAUAUAUAUUGAAUCGUUAGGUUUAUGAAAAACAUUUUGCUAUAAACUGCCCUUUUUUUUUUUGAUCAACUAGUGAAAAAAUGCUAAAGUAUAUAAAUAUCUGCUUUACACUUGUAAUGAUUUUUGCUUAUUAUUAGAUAUCCUUGAUUAAUAUUAUUUCACAUUUUUUUUUUUUUUUUUUUAGAACGUAAUGAUCCAUAAAGAAAAAGUUGCUAGAAGAGAAAUUGGUGUUUUGACUGCAAAUAAGACUACCAAUCGCCAAUAUAAAAUAAUUGCGCCUGCUAAUCCAGAAAAACCAAUAAAAUAUGUUAGAAAACCAAUUGAUUUUACAGGUACUUAUUUUUUUUUUUUUUUUGAAAUUAAUACAAAUUAAUUAAAAAUAUUUAUAACUUAAUUACUUUUUUUUUUACAUACAUUAUUAUAAUAUAGUAUAGCAGAAGUUCUCAAACUUUUAAUUUCCCAUACCACUUAUAUAAAUUAUAGAUUUGUUAUGCACCACAUAUUAUUAUUUAACCUUACUAUUAAAAUUGAACUAUUCAUAAUGUUUUUGCAUUUAUUUCAAAAGAUAACAGUACAAUACAAUAGUAUAUUUCAAUAUAAUUAUAAUAUAUAUCAUAAUAUCAGAUCCACUAAAAAACACUUGUACAAUUAUUAAUUUAUUUAUUUUUUGUACUGUUACCAUACUAAUUAACUAACCUAACCUUCUGUGUACCCCUAUGUUGCCUACCCCGUACCAUCAGUGGUACACAUACCACUGUUUGAAAACCGCUGCACUGUAGACUAUUCCAAAAAUUUAACUAUUGGUGUUAUUAUCAUUUUAUUGAAAACAUAUUUUCUUGAAAUGCAUUAACAUUAAAUUAUACUUAUAGCACUCGAUGAUAUUGGCCAUGGUGUCCGUAACACUCCACGUAUGGUCCGUCAACCAAUUUCCACGAGUUCCAGUGCAUCAACUAAUAUGUCAUCUGUCGGCCCUGCUCCUACAAUCAAACCGCCUACUCCACCUGCUGUGAUACGAGGCACUGGAUCGUUGAGUAAAGGAUCACGUGAAUAUCGUACCCCUCCUGCUGUUGCUCCGCCCCAAGUUCCCAGUCAUUACGCUCCUAAUUAUCCCCUCGGUCAUGUCAGACGUGAAAAAGGACCGGGUUAUAAUACUCUUCCUUUACAUCAUACUUCUUCAUCUAGUAAUGUACAACCAUCUCCAAUCAUUGGCAUGGUGCAUCCAAUGCAGCAAUCUGAACAACCAGCUUCCUUAAACUCUAUGCCUCGUAAGUGAUUUUUAUGUUUAAAUAUUGAGUCAUAACUAUUCAACUUAAUUCAUUGUAUAACAAUAAAAUCAAUAAAUUUAUUUGUUUCAGCUCCUCCAUCUCCUCACACAUUAAACACAAGAAUGGGAGUUGGACCAGACUUGUUAGACCAUCAUCUUCAUCAAGCCCCAUUUACAUCAAACACUGACCAUUACCGUUCAAAUAUCUCUCAAUCGUCCACAGACCAUUAUCGUUCUAAUAUAACCCAACAAUCUACUGACCAUUAUCGCUCAAAUACAUCCCAGCAAUCAUCUACAGACCAUUAUCAUUCAAAUUUAACUCAACAAUCAACAACUGACCAUUAUCGUUCAAAUAUAACUCAACAGCCCUCUACAGAUCAUUAUCGCUCAAACAUUUCCCAAUCAGCAUCAACUGACCAUUACCGUGCAAAUACCUCUCAAUUGCCCGGUAUAUUAAAAAAUUCAUCACAAUAUCAUUCUUCAUCUGCAGUCACUACACCUCAACAGCAACAUGUCAGACAAGCAUCAGCGUCUCCUCCAUUACCACCCCCUCCAGAAGAUAAUUUUGGUCAUGUGCCUGCUGGUCCAAUCGUUCCGCAGGAACCAGAUCUUCCAGGAUGGGUUCCAAAGAAUUACUUGGAAAAAGGUAAUGCUUUAUUCUUUAAUAAAAUUAAUUUUCCAUUUUUGUAUAUUUUAACAAUUUAUAUUUACUUUAGUGAUUGCAAUUUAUGAUUAUUAUGCUGACAAAGAUGAUGAAUUAAGUUUUCAAGAGAAUGCAGUUAUAUAUGUAUUAAAGAAAAAUGAUGAUGGCUGGUGGGAAGGUGUAAUGGAUGGCAUUACUGGUUUAUUCCCGGGAAAUUAUGUGGAAGGUUGUAAAUAAAACAUGUUAUACCUAUGUACUGUGUACUUAUAUCAAAUUUAGUCACAUAUUAAAUAGAAUUAGUUUUAUUUCUCUUGAAGAGUUGGAAUGCAAUUUAAAGUUAUUAAUAAAAUAAUUGUUAAUAUUAGAUUGAAGAUUUAUCCAAAGAAAAAGAUUAAAAGUUUAAAUAAAAACUGGGUUUUAAUUAUAAAUGUAUUAAUCAAACAAUAUAAAUUUAGAUCUAAAUAAAUCAUAGUAUAUAUUUAUUAUUUUAGUUCAAUAAGUGUUUUAUAUUUGUAUUAAUUAAUUAAUUGACUUUUUUACAUUGUAUAUAUGAAUCAAACCAAUAAACUGGAAUACAAUACAUAAUAAUUUAUAAAUAAAAAAUAUUCAUUAAAUAUAUAUAUUUUUUUAGUCACAUUAGUAGAGUUUAUUUUGAUAUUUUAAAUUAUUUUAAAAUGUAUAUUUCAACUAAAAAUAUAAAUUGUACUUUGAACAUAAUUUAUGUUUAUUAAUAAGACAUGCGGGUACUCUUAAGCAACAUUUUAUACAUAUUGAUA